UCUUCUUCUUUUUCUUCUUCUUCUUCAUGAGUUGAUCUCUUCAUCAUUCGCUAUUCUUCGUUUACGGUUUGCUUCAUCAUCAAACCCCUUUUAAUUACAUCAACUAUACUCUGUGGCAGGCCACAAUAUCCAACGAGUUCUAGUUUUUCGGUUUCUUCGGUUUCUCCGCAUUAAUUCCCUAAAUUACGAAAUAAGCGCCGGCACCAUGUUCCGCACACCGUUCCAACUUCUCGUCUUCCUCCUAUCCAUCUGCAACAUUGCAGUCGCUGAGGUUGAUGCCACACACGAUCUGCUACCUCGACAAAGUCCUAGCGCGAACGAUGUGAAUUCGCCUCUCUGCCAGAACUAUGCGCUAGUAGCCAAUCUUUCUACCGUCGCAUUGAACGCGACGUAUCGCUCGGCUUUCCUGCGUUCUUCUCCUCUUGGAACGUUUCCGGCCAGGGCUAUUUUGGAUGUUGAGUCCCCGAAACUUCCGGCGAUGAUGAUGGAUGCCCAAUUGAACCAACGAUGUGGAAAUUUGUCGCAGGUUGCUCUCACCGGGGCCGCUACAAACCUUAGCGCAGGUACCGUACUUGGCCUACCUAUCCUCGAAGCGCCUGGUAUUGAUCCCCCCAAUAUUGCCAUGCCUAUCGUUGUAAUCGCCAUCUUCUUGAUGUUUGGUGGAACAUGGCUUGCAUUGUAAGCUACUCUGGUAUGGGAAUUUCGCGAAGAUUUACGGGAAAUUUGAAGUUUAGGACCUCCUUGAGUGAGAUAUCUAGUUGGUUUAAGGUUGAAUGUUGUAAUAGGGUUGAUGGAUGCAUCUCGGAAUUGCUAUGUAUAUAACUGUCUGGUCUGCCGUUGGGCAGUUGUACUGGCGAUAUAAUGAGACGAUGUUUAAGUGGCCAAUCCUUGGUUCCACAGCGUUAAUUUGAGAGUGAAAAUGAUUUAAAUAUAUUGCUGUAAAAUAGUGCAAAACUACCUACCUGAAUAUCCACAACAUACUAACCUAGCAGUUCCAUGCUUGCUGAGGUUGACUUAUAAGGCUUUUUAGGUUGGUGGCUAUAUUGGAUGAGCUUAAAUGGAGUUGCAAUAGAGAUAAAUGAGCUUGAGGCAUCCCGCUAAUUUUCCUUCUGUACCUG